ACAAAGAUAAAGAUGAGUUAUCGUUCUUGAAGAUCAAGCCUCGACUUCGUCGCCGGUAAAGAUGGAGGCCUUGUUAGUGCGAUCGGUUCAGGUUAUAACCCCACAAUGUACUCAAGUACGUGGGAUGGCGACAAUCAAAUACAUUCGUAUGAGGUUGAAGUCCGUUACGAACAUCCAGAAGAUUACCAAAUCAAUGAAGAUGGUGUCUGCUGCCAAGUUUUCCAGGGCUGAGAGAGAGCUUAAGGUUGCAAGACCGUUUGGCAUUGGUGCCCAAGCAUUUUAUGAGAAAGUGGAGGUGAAACAGGACGAGACACAGCCCAGCCACCUGUACAUUGCUCUGACAUCAGACCGGGGACUGUGUGGUGGGGUUCACUCGAGCAUCGCCAAGAGGAUCCGAGCCUUGUUGCUGGAAGACAAAGCAGGAGCUGAAACAAAGCUUGUUUGUAUUGGCGACAAGUCCAAGAACAUACUGCAGCGACUCUUUAAGCCAAAUAUUCUUCUGACCUUCAAUGACAUUGGCAAGCGGCCACCAGUAUUUGCUGAUGCAGCAGUUGUUGCUGCUGCAAUCAUUGAGUCCGGAUUCAAGUAUGAUGUUGGCAAACUGUUCUUCAAUAAAUUCAAGAGUAUAGUAUCUUACAAGACGACCGAAAUGCCUCUGUUUACCCUCGAGUCUGUAAACUCUGCGGAUAAGUUGAGCCUGUAUGACAGUCUGGACGAUGACGUGAUGCGCUCAUACAAUGAGUUCGCACUCGUCAGCCUGCUCUUCUACGCCAUGAAGGAAGGCGCCACCACCGAGCAGAGUCAGAGGAUGACGUCCAUGGAUGGAGCCACUAAGAACGCUGGCGAGAUGAUCGACAAACUGAGGAUGGCAUUCAACAGAACCCGACAAGCUGUGAUCACCAGGGAAUUGAUAGAAAUCAUCUCUGGUGCUGCAGCCCUCUAACCCCUGACACACCUAGUGCCGUGGAUUGUAUAGAUUAUAAAUAAAUAUAUAUAAUAAUGAUGCUCCAGUUUGAUUUGUGUGUGCUGCAGGGAUAGAUUCCAGACAAACAAUACAAUGGAAAUCUGCCGUCUUGCUGAAUAAAUGUCUGAAAUCUGAAUUGACAGUUUGUGUUUCGCUAGACCAACUUUAGACCUGCACAAGAAUCAGGUGUUGAAUAAAUUGACUGUCUCUUGA